CGCAUGAUGUUUCUACGUACAGAAAUUAGCUUGCCACUUAACUAGAAUGUUCUAGUACCGUAUCAUUCUUGUACAGUAUUAAAGGGCAGCGAAAUAAGAACCAACUUUAACAUUGUGACAGUCGGCGUUUUGAACAAACAGAGCAUCAUGGCAGAAGACCAACGCAACAGGAGACAUCCCCAAAACCUCCAGGGUGUCCUUCGAUUGGCUGUGGAGGCUGGCUCGGCUGCAGAUGGACCCGCCCUCCCUGAACCCAUGUCAGAGGAGAGGAAAGAAUGGUUGAAAGGAGCUCUUGCGGAAGUGGCCAAAGGACAGAACAGCGAGGUGGAACAGAUGAAGGAGUGUAUGCGUGUUCUGCUGAGAGAUGGAGGGUGUGAGAGGGGGAGAGAGGGAGAGGAGGAAGGAGAGGAUGAAGAGGGGGAGACAGAAGGGGCACUGGAGUUUCUCUCAGAGCUGUGUGAGAACCUAGACAAUGCCAGAGACCUGAUGACCCUGGGUGGGUUGGACCUGUGUAUGUCGCAGUGCUUGAACCAUCCUCAGGGCAGCGUGAGGUGGCGUGGUGCCCAGCUCAUCGCCUCCUGUGCCCAGAACAUGCCCGAAGUGCAGUGCCACUUACUCAGCAAGGGGGCGCUACCCAAACUGCUGCAGCUGACUGACUCAGAUCCCCACCCCACCGUUCGAGUGAAGGCCCUCUACGCUGUCUCCUGUCUGGUGCGUGAGCAGGAAGUAGGUCUCAGGGCCUUCCUGUCCCACGAUGGCUUCUCUGUGCUGAUGAGAGGCAUGCAGUCUGACAACGAGAAACUGAGGACCAAGUCGUCUUUCUUACUCCUCAACCUGCUCACAGUCCACCCAGAGCAUAAAGAUACAGUUCUCUCCAUGGGUAUGGUGCAACAGCUGGUGUCCGUUCUACGCAUGCCUCGCUCCUCCUUCCACGAGCACGUGCUCGGCGCCCUCUGCUGCCUGGUGGAGGAGAGUCCUCUGGGUCUGAGGGACUGUCAGAGCCCCACCUUGGGGCUGGAGGAGAUGCUCAACCAGCGGGCUGAAGAUCUGCAGGGGAGAGAGGAGUGUCAGGAAGAGUUGGAGUUCUGCAAGCGCUUGCGUUCUGCUUGUUUCUGCGGACGGCAACCUGACGACAGUGGAAUGGAUCGCUGAAAUCCAACUGGUCCUCCACUUCUCCUGCAGUGCCGUCAUUGGCUAGGAGACAUAGGAGGAUUUAACUCUCCUUGAGGAAAAUAUGCUGAUGUUGUUGUCCAUCUAGACCCAUGUUACAAAGUGUCUGGAUCCAAGAGUGUAGCAGGCUUUAGAGAGCAGAGGGUGCUUCACUAAUCACUGUCACCAGGCGACGCAGAUGAACUUCAGAUAUAUCUCUGUGUUCAGUCACUUCUACCAUGUCCAGUCUAUGUAUCAUUAUGUAUUGGAUCUACACCUGACUACUUCCUGCUGACCUCUUGCAAAAGAGGUUUCUAACUUCAAAGGUGUUUUCCUGGUUGAAUAAAGAUACAAUAUUUUAUUUUCCGAUAGUACUGCAAGUCAUUUCUGAAAAUUUCUUCAGGUUAUCUGAUCCUGCUUUGUGACGUACUCCCCCGUGUUGCUGUUACGUUGCUGAAGAAAACAGAUUAGAGAAGCCUUUUGGAUUCUGGGUGUGCCCAACAAAACCUCUGAUUCCAUACAUGAAAUAUCAGAGGUAACAUUUAGUGAUAAUGCUAUUUUACAGCCCUGUCGCCAUUUAUUUAUCUGGCAUAGUGUGACGUUACUUGGUAAUAACUGGCAUCUUGUAUUGUUAAAGUUAUUUACCAAGUGACAACUAGUUAUUGUGGUAAUGUUAAGUAAUUUACACUGUUUACAUUUAAGUAAUUUAGCAGACGCUCUUAUCCAGAGCGACUUACAAAUUGGUGCAUUCACCUUAGGAUAUCCAGUGGAACAACCACUUUACACUUUACAUCUGUUAAACUACAUCAAAUAGUUUUCAUGUUACUGAAUAAGUAGCAGGUAAUUGGGCUGUAAAAUAAAGUUAGCCGUUUAGCAUCUUUCAGCUUCAUUUGUCAGAUGUUUUAUUAGAAUCCAUUUUGAUCGAGUUUCACUACCCAUAAAUCAUUUCUGUUGGCUUCUUGUGUUUUGGCUUUGUUAAUGACUGUCUUUCAUUCAGAAUAUCCACCAUUUGUCAAUGUUUUGUUGAGAUGUUUCUGUCUUAUCUGUGUCUAUGAACGUAGUGGAUGACUUUUUUGCAGAGUUCUUACGCCUGAAAUAACAUGAAAUAUGUAACACAACAUUGUUUAUUUUUCAUCCCCAUUUCAUCAUGAAUAAAUACAUUUUCUUUUUUCA